AUGACGAUUCAGAAGACAGCACAUGGCACCCCCGAGCGGCAGAAACAGCGAGUGAGUGAUUGCGCUCUCUCGGCACGUAGGAAUGCAAAAAAAUUGUUUCCUCUCCGUGUACAUACAGGCGACUUGGAGCGGCUUAAAAGCGUCAUUUGCGACGCCCUGCGUCUCUACUUUUACAAAUACCAAGAGGAAAUUCAGCCAUGGGUUUACUUCGCUGUACAUGCAGUGUGGUUCGCCGUUCGGCAGCUGGACAGCCGCACGCGGUUUGACAUGCUGCUAGCAGCUGCGGCAGAUUGCUUGAGCGCAGCAGCAGCAACAGAAUGGGAGAUGCGAACUCUUCCCGAUUCGUUUGCGUCUGCGGCUGUCAGUCUGGGGUUGCCUGAGGCACAAGUGCAAGAGCUGCAGCAAAAGCGGCUUCGGGGUCCAGCCAAUCCUUUCCAGGAAGAAGCGCUUCUCAGAGACAUCCUCGAGGGUGUCAUCGUGCCUAACAUUGCGCUUCGUGAUAAGGAUCUUGAGCUGCUGGAAGACUCCCCAAUGGAGUUUGUGAGGCGAGACGUCGAAGGCUUCCCCGCUUGCCCACAUUUGCCACGUCGCGCCUGUGUGUCGGAUCUCAUCAAGGGGAUGUGCAGGCUGCAGCAGCAGCAGCUGCAGCAGCUGCUGCUGCAGCUCGUGCAGCAGCUCGCAGGUCAGGCGGAUGCUGCGGGAGGAGGUGCAACUGAGCGAGGCGCUCGACUCGUCGAUUCUGCCGUCUUUGUGAUGGCUGCUGUUGCAUCAAGAGCUCUACACUCCGGCGCAGCAGCGGCGGCAGCAAGCCCUACAGAAUUAGCUGCCUUCUUCACAACGCAUGUCGCGAGGGAGCUGCAACAGCAGCAGCAGCAAGAACGCAAGUGCUUAGCCGUUGCCGCUGCCCUCAAAUUCCUCGCAACGUUCAGAGCUCAACUGCCGAUUUCGCUGCUGUGUGAGAGUCUCCCGCUGGUGUCAGCCUUGUUGCUGUCUCCUCACGAGGCACUGAGGGCUUAUGCAGCGUUUUGCAUGCAUCGUCUUCUUGCCUGCCGAAAUUCGCAAGGGCAGCGCCUCAUUGAUCCGUCCUCAUGUCAGCCUAUCCUCCUUAAAAGUCUCAGCUUCCUGCGGCAGUCGCUAAGUGACGUAAAGGCGCGCGAAAAUGAAUUUGCUGUCAAAGCCCUCGCGCGACUUUUGUUAUGCCUGGGAGCAGCUGCAGCGAGCGAGUCUCUGCCGCUGCUGCAGCUGCUGCUGCAGCAAAUCAAAGCAGAAGCCUCGCAACCAGGCAACCCAGUGUACUGCCACUACCUUUUUGAGUGUCUGGCUGUAAUCUGUCGUCUCGCAUCCGACCAGACACGAACGAACGCAGCCUCGGCAGAAGCAGGAGCCAGCUGCCUUCAGCAGCAGCACCUAGUCGAAGAGCAUGUCGUGCCUGUACUAUCCGUCUUGAUUCAGCAAAGCCAGCACGAAUUCACGCCUUACUGCUUCCAGAUCCUCGGUGUCUUGUUGGAAGGUGCCUCCCGCACGGGAACCAUUGGAAGCAGUCGUCUUUAUGUCGAUCUUCUAGAGCACUUGCUGCAGCCACACGUCUGGGUAGCGUCUCAGGGGAAUGUGCCUGCGUUGGUGCGUCUUGUAAGCGUCUUUCUGCGGCAGCUGCAGCAGCAGGGGUAUCACCAGCCUCAACAGCAGCAGCAACAACAACAAAUCCAGGUGCUUCUGCAUGGACGCGUUGCACAGCUCCUCGAGAGAAUGCAGUUCUGCAUUUAUCACCGAAAACUCGCAGCCGCUGGCUUCGAUCUGCUCAACGCUAUCUUCAGGUUCCUGCCUUUCGAAGCCUACAAGCAGCUUCUCCCCACAUUGCUAACGGUGCUCCUAAAAAGAGCCCAUCAGCUUCAGCAGCAGACUUUCAACGCGCAUCUCUCCUUCUCCCUGCUUUUGUUCCAAUGCCGCUCUCCUGACAUUACAGCUUUGCCAUGCGGAUUGGAGCAGCUGCAGCAAGGGCUUUUACAGCAGGUGGUUUGUGCAAUAGCGCUGCCGUCAGUGCAGCACAGCUUGGAGUCGGGGUGUUCUCUGUCAAAGAAGAAGGUGUUUAUGGUAGGACUAGCGCGGCUGGCAGCGGCAGCUGCCGCUGCAGCAGCUGAGCCUCAGCUGUUGCACAAAAUGCUGCAAACUAUGGAGACUCUCCUUAGUGGGUAUGACUUUGGAAGCGAUCUGUUGCCUUUUGUUGCGGCUGCUGCAGCCACAGAACGAGCUGAUCGCAGAGCUGCUGCUGGCACUGACUUUGAUCCUGACGAUGAUGUGAGUUGGUCUCCAGCAACAACUGCCGCAGGCACUGCUGCUCUUUCAGGAGUCUCUGCUUGGCGAUAUGGUGGAUUUGCGAGAAGCGCUGCGCGCGUCGCUGCUUCCCUUGCUGCCUACGAUCCAGCAGAGCAGGCGGCACGAGCAACAUCUCAGGGGUAUGUAUCGAGGGAGCAAUUGGGCGUGAAAUCCACAACAGCGGGGGAGAAGGGGGGCGGGAAAGAAGAGGGGGAACACGCAGCAUGUAGCAUGCAUGCAGUGCGCCGAAAAGAGGACGGCACAGACUAUGCAGCAGCCCAAGUUAGAAGGGGACAGAGGCAAUCGAUGCUCCUAGCAUUUCCGCCUUUAGGGCCUAAGGAAAGCGAAGCCAUAAGAUACAGACUAACUAUAGGCGAAAGAGGGAGCUUCUGA